AUGGGGAACUGCACCAGCCACCCGCAUCACGAGCCGCAGGUCCACUUCGACACGGUGGACGGCAUGGCGACGGUCAAGGCCUUUGCCGGCAUUCGACAGGUGACGAUGGGCGUGCUCCGCAUCGACUACGAGUAUCAAACCAACCUCGGCGACAUCCUGGACCCGCGCUCCUUUGACUUCCGGAUCAUCUCGGCAACUGCUGAGGGGCUCACGUUCGCAAAGGCCAAGGCAGGCGACAAACUAGACGCCACUGGAAAGGAGCUGCUCGAGCGGGCGGUCCGGCAGCUCAUCGACAACGGCGCAGACUUUAUCGUCGGUGACUGCGGCUUCCUCGUGUACUGGCAAGUGAUGAUGCUCGGCAUCUAA